UCCUCCACCGUCCCUCCGCCAUGCCGGAGAUCGACGCGUUAUUCGAAUCGAUCAACGUCCGAGACCUUCUCUCCGGACACGAUCUCAACGAUCCGACGACUCCACUAUCAGCUCCCGAUCUCCGUCUCCUCAUAAACCGUCUAGACUCCCACUCCCUCCGGAUCAAGUCCAAAGUCCAGUCCUACCUCAUCUCCCACCGCUCCGAGUUCUCCCACCUUUUCUCCACCUGCCAAGACGCCGUCUCCAGGACCCGCCUGAUCUCCGACGACGUCUCCGAUGUCGUGAAACUGGUCUCCGACGGUUCCGUCGACGUUGUCGAGAUUCGCGAAGUGGUCGACGAGAUAAGGGAGAAGACAAGGGAGGUGAGGGUGAAGAGGGAGUCGCUCGGUUUGGUGAGCGCGGUGGUGGGAGUGUGCGAGGCGUUGAGGGAGACGAAGGAGGGUUUGAAGGGAGGGAGGUUUGGAUUCGCUGCUGAGAGGAUCAGAGAGCUUAAAGGUGUGUUGAGGGUUGGCGAAGAGGAAGAAGGAGGAGAGCCUGUUGUUUACGUUUUGCUUAGGAGAGAGUGGUCUGAUUGUUUUGACGAGAUUCAGGAGGUGCUUGUGAAGUUGAUGGAAAGUGCAGUGCGUUUCGAGCUGGACUCGCGUAAGCUCAGGAUUAGUUAUCAGCUAAGCGUUGGUGAGACUACUGGUAUCGCUCUUACCACUGUUCUCGAGGCAAUGGAGGUGAUUGGAAUGUUAGACUAUGGGCUUGCGAAAGCAGCCGACUCAAUCUUCAAGCAUGUCAUUACCCCAGCUGUAACUCACUCAUCGACUUUUGUUGCUGUGGAAGAUUCAUCUAAAACUUCAGGGGAAAUAACCGAAGCGACAUUAAAGCUAGAACAAUCCUCAGAUCACAAGAUUGAAAAUGUCGACGGAGAUGCAAUAUAUUCAGGAGUUCUUACGGUUGUUAAAUUCGUUUGCAGCUCCUUGUGCUUUGGAAACGUUACAUGGAUCCAUUCUUUCGGGAGAUUGACCUGGCCGAGGAUAUCAGAGCUAAUUAUUUCUAAAUUUCUUUCAAAGGUUGUCCCAGAAGAUGCUUCUAAAUUUGCCGACUUUCAGAAAGUUAUCGAAAAGACCUCUCAAUUCGAAACAGCUCUAAAGGAACUGAGUUUCGUUUCACCAUCUGACGCGGAGGGAAGGCUCAGCAAGUAUGCUGAAAAUGUGGAGGUUCAUUUUGCAUCCAGAAAGAAGAUUGAAAUUCUAGCAAGAGCUAGAAGUUUGCUGUUGCAGUGUAACUUUACGAUUCCCCAGGGACUUGCUACCAGUUUGAAGUCUGAUGGUUUGGAAUCUUUAGAUGCGAAUUCGUCAAAGCACAUCGUUCGCUUACUUUUUUCAUCUGAAACGUGUGUGGUCUCCGAAGCUGCUUCUCAACUUGUGCACUUGGUGCAUAAGACUCUCGAGGAUGUUUGCGUGUCUUCUGCAAGGGUUGCGUCAGAGUUCUACCACGCUGCUCGAGAUUCUAUACUUCUAUAUGAAGCUGUUGUUCCCGUCAAGUUAGGGAAACAACUCAAUGGCAUCAAUCAGGCUGCUGUUCUUCUGCACAACGAUUGUUUAUAUUUAUUCGAAGAGAUACUUGGACUUGCCUUUGAGUAUCGUGCUAGCUUCCCUAGUUCCAUCAAGGAAUAUGCAGUCUUUGCUGACAUAGCCCCAAGAUUUAAAUUGAUGGCAGAAGAAGUUUUACAGAGACAAGUUCAGCUUGUAGUCUCUAGUUUGCAGGAGGCUAUAGACGGUGCAGAUGGAUUUCAGGAUACUCAUCAAAUAAAGCAAUUCGAAUCUGCAAAAUUUAGCAUUGAGCAGGUUGUCUUUAGUCUAGAGAAAGUGCAUUUGGUAUGGGAGCCGGUCCUACAGCCCAAAACUUACAAACAAAGCAUGUGCGUGGUUUUGGAGUCGGUGUUCCGAAGAAUAACCAGAGACAUUCUUCUUCUGGACGACAUGGCUGCUGAUGAAACUUUUCAGCUACAAAGACUGAUUCAUCUCAUGUUGGAGAAUCUAUCUUCUCUACUCGGUUCCUUGAAGUCUGCAGAUGACACUUCUCGUCCUCUUGAUGAUCUCAUACCAUCUUUGCGUAAAACCCGAAAACUAGCAGAACUAUUGGAUAUGCCUCUUAAGUCUAUAACUGCAGCUUGGGAAAGUGGCGAGUUGUUUAGUUGCAAUUUUACAAGAACAGAGGUACAAGAUUUCAUCAAGGCUAUAUUUACAGAUUCGCCGUUGAGAAAAGAAUGUUUAUGGAGGAUAGAAGACGUUAGCUAGUAGCAGAAGAUAAUAAAACUAAAACCGCUCAUAGACAUGAGAAGAAGCAAGUUAGCCUUCAUCGUGGAAGAAGAGUCAUAUGAGCUUUGGUAUCAUCAACACACUUGUGUAGAAAUAUUAUAUAUAAAGAGAGUUUAGCUGAUGAGUUUAAGCUUUAAGUUUAAAAGCGUGUCCCAAAUUUUGUUGUACAUGAUUCUAGAUUUGGUCAUAAGAUCUAAGGGGAAAAAGGCUUAACUUAUCUUAUGGGGCAAGUCAUGAACAAUGUUCAGUGUUGGAAUCAACUUGUGUUACUUGGUUAGUUUCAGUUCAAUUUUUCUUAGCUUUAUGCU